GUUGGUCAAAUAAAAUUUCUGAAAAGAAAAUAAUUUAUGAUUUGGAUUGCAGUGACUUUUUUAAGGUAGAAACUGGACUUUCCUUGAACUGUGAAAACAGACAAUUGAAAAUUGAGUCUAUUUUACACCAAAAUCAUUUUUCUUCAAUUAAGUUAAUGGAAACUAAUCAGGUGUUCUGAAAAAAAUGCUACAAAUUUACUAAUAUCUACAUCCAUGCCAUUGUUGAAGACCAUUCGUACUGCCAAUACGAGGUACAUGUUGAAAGCAUGACCAAAGUAAUUGUAGUGAGCAAGUAGAACAGACCAUUGUUCUGACAAGAAUUAUCACAUUCAGGAAAGGAAAAAUUACCAAAGAAAUUCAAGAUAUGGGGUAAAAUCGGAAAAUGCCAGAUAUGAAAUCCACGAAGGGGAGAUGGAUUAAGUACUGGACCCUUUGCUUUCCCCGAUCUGAUAAGAUCAUAAUCUCUACUUAAUGUUAAUGAACCUUGUAUGUUGACAUUCAAUGCAUUUCAUUCUCAUUUUUAACUUUGUAUUUUCACCAGUUGCCGUUGUAACUUUAUUUUAUGCUGUGUAGUUUCCUACAUUCAAAUGUUAUGUAGUAUAGGCGAUCAUCUCAAGAAGCAAACUAUAAUUAUGUUUCACCCUCAGUUUUUUUUCCUACGCAAAAAAAGUUAACGUUUAUCUCUACCACGGAUGUGUAAUGUCUUACAACAUUAAUUCCAACAGCUUUUUCCGCCUCAGGGAUAGACAAACACCUGAAUGGCAAUCUAGACGAAAAGUUGCGGAAUCUCUCUGACCCCGAACCCCUCCCCUUUCCAGUUGUUAAGAGUGGAGUUGAGCAGAUCAGUCCCCUCCGCCCGUUUCUUAUUACUCCUUAUCAAUAUCAGCCCCGUGCAAACAGAUCGGCAGAACGUAAGCAAAGGAUACUUACUGCGAUUAGAGAGAGCGCGUGUGAGAGUGAGAGAGAGGGGCUGGGAUAGCCAUGAAGUUGCAGGCGGUGAUGGAAAACCUGCAGAGGCAGCAGCGUGCGCGCCUCGAGCUCGAGGCCCGGCAACAGCAGAACGAGCAGCAUCACCAGCAACAGCCCCAGUCCUCGCGUGCGCGCCUUCAGCUCCAGGCCCAACAACAACAGCAGCAGCAAAUUCAAAUGGAGCAGCGCGAGCCUCGCAGGCUAACGGCCGAGUUUUCCAACGACAACAAGAUCCUGGUGAUUGCGCAGCAGAGCAUCGCUGCUCAGCAAACAGCAGCACUGGCCGCCAUGAGAGCAGCGGCAGCUGCUGCAGGGGCUGACGUUUCAGCCCAACGCGUUCUCGACGAAGGAGACGAAGAGGAACUGGGUAUGGAACGAGGCGAUAGCCCGAGGCUUUCCGAAACCAGCGAGGCCUUCUCUGGGGGAGAUGAAAUGGAUCGGGGAGAAGAAGAGGAAGAGACUGCGGAGCCGCGUUAUCCCGAUCCUUUAGGGUCCGAGGAAGACAUGGCUGCUGAGGAGGAAGAAGAAUUCGAGGACGAGAUGGCUGAGGAAGGAGGUAGCGGAGUAAAAGAGAGGGGAAUGCACCACUCUGGUGAGGUGCAUCGUUUGCCCGGGCAGCGGCGCCCUAUAACCGGGCUCCCUUGCCAGCCACACCCGCAGAUGCAGCAAGUCCAGGAUCAGGCCGAGUGGACAUAUGAGGAACAGUUUAAACAGCUCUAUGAGCUAGACAAUGAUCCAAGAAGGAAAGAAUUUUUGGAUGACCUUUUCAGUUUCAUGCAGAAGCGAGGAACUCCAGUUAAUCGGAUUCCCAUUAUGGCUAAGCAGGUUCUGGACCUCUACAUGCUCUACGCACUGGUCACUGAGAAAGGAGGCCUAGUGGAAGUCAUUAAUAAGAAGCUUUGGAGGGAGAUUACCAAAGGUCUCAACCUACCCACCUCUAUCACAAGUGCUGCCUUUACACUCAGAACUCAAUAUAUGAAAUACCUUUAUCCAUAUGAAUGUGAGAAGAGAGGACUGAGCUCUCCAAAUGAACUGCAGGUUGCUAUUGAUAGCAAUCGACGAGAGGGUCGAAGACAUGGCUUUGGAUCACCACUUUAUAGCUAUUCUCCUAGUGGAACGUCAUCAGUGUUAUCCUCUCCCAAAUUGCAAGUGCCUACACUAAAUUUGGCAACAACUAAUGGCAGCCCUAUAAAUCAGCUGGUAAAAAUAAAGAAAGAGGAGGAUUCAAUUAUUCCACUGUCUUUGGGAGGCAGAUUACCUGUGUCACUGACUGGUCACCAGGUAGCAGCAGCACAGGCUGCUGCAGCACAGGCUGUAGUUGCUGCACAAGCUACAGCAUUAGAUCAAUUGAGAGAGAAAUUGGAGUCUGGAGAGCCUCCAGAGAAGAAGAUGGUAGUUGGGGUGGAUGAGCAGCAACGGUUGAUGCAACGUGCUAUCCAACAGAAUCUACUUGCCAUGACAGCUCAGAUACCAAUGAACAUCAGAAUCAACAGUCAAGCAGACCGUCAAGAAUCAGCAUUGAACCUUACAACAAAUGGCAUGAGCAGUAUCAGUAUGUCAGUGGAGAUCAAUGGGGUUGUUUACACAGGUGUUCUGUUUGGUCAAGGACCUGGUAUAUCUGGUGCUUCGAGCAUCAAAGGAAAUAACAAGAAUAACAAUUCUCAGGGUACACCUAGCCUGCCUGUACCUCGCACACCUACCUCCUCCUCAUCACAUACUUCAAACAACUCUUCACCAUGAGGCUGCAGCUGUAAUAAUGCCAACUUCAGCAUAGUGCAUCACCACCAACACUUUAAAAGGAGUUCUCAGGCUUUUAACUCUCAAGGAAAGUAACUUUUGAUGACCAGAGGUUUCAAUUGAAUGGCUAAAAUGGCCAACAGUUAAGCAUAAUACAUACUCUGCUUAUAAACUUUCUUGGGUCACUGAAUGAGAUCCAGGAGCAGCUAAAAACUACUAAUACCUCAUAAAUCUACUUAAUCUUUAAUCAAGAUUUAUCAUUGGUUACAUUUUUCUUUUCAGCCAAAUUCAGCAUUUAAAGAAUAUAUGUGUAUUUCCAUGAUGUGCUAUUUUAAUUGAGAUUUAUAAGUGAAUAUUGAUAUUUUUUGAAGGAAAAGAAAAUUUGACUACACCUAUGAGAUUGCUUCUUAGACUUUGGUAUGUUCAGUUACUGCAGAACAAGGAAGGGAUAAGCUAUUUCAAUGUUUAUCCAUUUAUAUCGAUCAUUCUUAUACAUGUAGCAAUACACAAACUUUUACAGUUCAGAUAUUUAUUAUAUACAGUACUUUUUAAUAUAUUUUAAUUUCACAACACAGGACUCUAAUACAGUGGAGCUAUCCUGAGAUCAUUUUUCCUGGCAAAUGUAAUUGGAUCGUGAGGAGCAUUCCAUUCUAAUGAAGAUCUGGACCAUUGUACAUAGCUGUUUGGGGCAGGGGUUUAGGAAAUAGUGAAUUUUAAAUGCUGCUGUUCUACAGUUUCCUUUAGUUCUGAUGUCAUAUGUUUGCACAAAAAUUCAAAGUGCUCACAUUUCUCUCUUAAAUGCAUCAGUGCUGAGAUGACAAGUUCUUCAUAUAUUAUUCAUUAAAAUUCCUUAAAAUGACAAAAUAACUGAUCUGACAUUUUUAGCUCUCAUUUUUGGCUUGACAUGCUGUAAUAUUAGUGUGUUCAUUUUUAAAAUUGCAUUUUGAUAAGGCAGGAUAGAAUUCUGCUUGCUGAUCUCCCUAUAUUUUGCCACGGAAGUGAAAGCAAAAUAAUUUACUGUCUGCCGCUAAAUACAGAUGAUUUUUUAAAAAGAUAAAUGUGAUGACUGUUUUCAAAAUGUAUUAAGGACAUCUUAAGUAAAGUCUGGGUAUAACUUUAAUUGUGAAACAUACCUCAAUUAAAGUUGUGAAACAUACCUCAAUUAAAGCAUUAGAUGACAAUAAACAUUAUAACAUUAAAAAUAUAUAAUAUCUGUCAUCACCAGCUUUUUGCAGACAUUGAUUAAUAAGUUGGAACUUAAGUGUUCAUGAAUAGUAUUUGAUUUGCUAGGCAUUGAUCUUCAUUGAGCUCCACUGCAUUUAUUAUAGUAUUUAACGUGACAUUUGAAGUAAAAUUUUUAUACAGAAUCAACUUUGUGUUCAUACUGUGAAAAUACACAAUUUUAGAGUGUAAACUGAUGCAUCACCAUUGAAACAGGUAUUUUGGAAAAACUAUUCUGCUUGAAGUUAUAUAGGUCCACGUCUCAUAUCUAUCUCUCUAUCUAUCAAUCACAGGAUUCUAAGGUUGCUGUUAUGAUGAGUGUGAAAACCUAUCUAAUGGAAAUAUAUCUUUGAGAGGUUGUAAUUAACAGGUUCAGUUUUGGAUUUGUAGAUUUUCAGUUAAGUGCUGUUACUCCACUGCCUCAAAGAAAUUGUUCAGUGAGCAGCAAGGUUUCCUUUUUUCCUCCAUUUACAAUUACACUAUUGUUUAUCAGUAACCAAAUGUGAUGGUGUACUGCCAUCAUCAUGUCUUUAGUGUGCUAGAGGUAACAGCAUAUUAAAAUUAAUUUUGUAACAUUGCAUUGAAAUGAAUGAAAAGCAAAAAUUGCUAGAGACAAUAUGUUUACAUUUGGCAAAUGUUAUUGUGUUUUGUUGGCGUGUUUGGUGAGUGGGGUGAUUUGGGUAAAGUCAGAAUGUAGGAUUAUUGAAAAAUGGCAUCAACUCCUUGAGAAGCAUUUACCAUUGAAACAAAUAGAAAAUUAAAUAGUUAGUUGCAACAUAAUGCAUUGAUAGCAUUCUCUAUUAAAAUGUGCUUUAUUACUUAGUUUCCCAAAGUGUAUGGAGGUAGAAUUCCAUUACCUUGUCCUACCUCUGAUUAUUAGAAUUCAAAAUAUAAUUUAGUUUUCUAAAAUGCACUGCAAGAAAGUCCUUUUGGUGAUGGUUAUUUUGUGCCAACACUUAACAUAAUUUGGUUUAAAUCAAUUUAAACAUUAGAAGAAAUAUGAAGGCUUUAUAAUAAGGCUGGCUGUUUUAAGGAUGCUGCAUAAUGUCAAAAUACUUAACCAUCAUAUCAUCUGUGGCAUUUAAGGUACAAGUAAAACCACAUGGAGCAUGCAUUUUAAUUUUUCUUUGUCGAUUUUCUCCCCAUCCUUUCUCCUUUUCCGAAGGUCUUCUCUCUUGUUAAGUAUGAUUUGAUAGGUGACCAUUGCCUGAGGCACCAAUAUGUAUGCAGUAUUGGCAGGCUAUUGUAUAGUACUAAACAUCAUAGUGAAACUUGAUUCAAUACAAUCUGUACACAUGGACUUCUACUUUCCAGGAGUUGCUGGUUAGUGAUUAGUAAUGCAAGUGCUGGUCAACCCUAACUUAGAGCACCAAAGGCCAUUGUAAUUGAGGAAUUGUGACUGUACUAUCUUGGGCUUUUAUUAAGAAAACUGAUAUGUCUAGAAUCAUCUGUUUACAAGACCUGUUUCUAGACCUGUUUUGUAAAGAAAGGACUUGCAUUGAUAUAGCAGUUUGACAUCCUCAGGUAAUCCCAGAGCACUUUAUUGUCAAUAACUUCUUUUGAAACAUAUUUAUAUUGUACAGUCAAAUGCAACAGCUAAUUUACACAAGAUCUUCCAAACAGAGAAAAUAAAAUGGAUGUGGACAUCAUUGACAAAACAAGCAUUUAUUUCCUAGGUCUAAUUCCCCUUACAAAUUAAUGGUGGUAGUCCACUUUCUUUGACUAAAAUGAAAUGACUUGGUGGACGAUUUCAGAGGACAGUUAAGAGUCAACUGUAUUGUCAUGGGUCUGGAGUUGCAGAUAGACCAUACAGUAGGAGAGCAGAUAUACUUCACUAAAAGACAUACUGAACCAGAUGGAUUUCUAUAACAAAACAAUAGUUUUUUAAUCCCCCAGUUUGUUUUAUUACUUAAUGUAAAUUUCAUAUGUCAUCAGAUUAUUACUUCUGGCUGCUGGACUUUUGUUAAUUUAAUGUUUUCCAAUAUGCUCUAAAUUAUGAUUGCUUGGUUGUGAUUCUUGAAGGAAGAACGUUGGCUGCUACACUGGCAGAACUCCUUACUGUUGAAAUAGUGUUAUGGAAUUUUCAAUUUGGCUAAGUGGCCAGAGCCUUCAUUUAAUAACACACCAAUAUACAGCACUUCCAACAUUGCAGCACCUCUUCAGUACAGCACAGAAAUGUUAGUUAAAUUAUUUGCUUAAUUUCUAAAAUGGGAUUUAAACCUGAUUCCUCUCAUUAUUUAACUAUUCAGCAUUUCAGUCAACAUUUUGUUUGCUUCCAGGUAACAAUUCUGUAGCUAGAUAAUGUCAGUGUUACGAAAAUAGGAGACACUGAACACUGGGGUGCAGUGGCAUUGCUUAAAUAGGUGUGUUCUUUAGGAUAGUUGUCUAGUUUUCUUUUAUCAUAAAUGUUUCCAGCAUUCUCCAUGAUCACACAAAAGAGGACAUUAAAUGUUAGAAUAGUUCAUUUUCUGUAAUAUUUUCUCCAGAUUUACAUAAUUAAAAUAAUAGUGAAGUUAAAUCUAUUGCUGUUGAUUCUGAGAUAUAAAGGUAUGUUUCUUCAUAAAUUUUGUCUUUUAACACUGGCACUAAAAUUAGUUGCAGAAAACUACCUCAUUAUGUUUCUAAGAUGAUCAGAUUCUAUUUGUGAGUAAAAAGAAUUCACUGAAUGCAUUGAGGCCAGGACCUGCCUGUCCUUGGGAUCUUGACCUUUUUACAUUAUAACAAAUGACAGUCGGAAAUAAUCUAUUAAAUAUGCAAUUUCCUGUCCCUCAUAAUAAAGCUUUGCUACUCGUAGCUUUCAUUACUGGGAUAAAAUGAUAAUUUAUGUUCAGAGAUAAUAGCACAAGGAGGUUAUAUUGGCUUUUUAAAAAAUCGAUAUGUUGUUGUAGUUGACCCAGUGACCUAAGCCUUUUGGGGAUAUGAUGGAUACUCGAUUGUUGUUAGCAAAUGUAGUUCUUGCUUUUGUAUGGCGACAAGCUGUGCCAAAUUGAUUUCUUCUUGUUGUACAGCAUAUCAGAAAUAGUGAUAAAUUAGUAGACUAAAUUGUAUCUCAGUCUUUGCCUAGUUGUAUUUGCAGUUAGCUGCACUUUUGACAUUUUUGACCUAAUUCUACUAUUAGGUAUAAUAAAUUACAUAGAACAUAACAGCAUAAAUUGUACCUCUGUCUUCACCUAUUGGUAUGUUUAGAGAACUGUAGCUGUAACAUUUUUAGAAAUGAUUCUGCUAUUGGGUUUAACAGGGUUAUAUUGGUUUAGUUCAAUUAUUCCAGAACAGAGCUUAAUUUAAUAACUAUCCAAUUUCUAGUUUAGUGGCCAAUUUUUAAUGUUUCCCUCAACCUUUUACUUAAUGAUGUAAUCUUUCUGAUCUCUUUGGAUUAUAUUUACUUCUACCAUUUUAACUUCCCCAGAAAGUUUUAAAAAAAAGACUUGAUCUGCAUAUCUUGAAGGUUUGUUGUGGUUCCUGUAUGUUAAUGAUAUGGUAAAUACAGUAGAAAAUUUUCUGAUAGCUAUAUCUAAUGAAAUUUCUUUAUUUUAAUUUUGCUAGAAAUACUUAUUUAGAGGGAACAUUACCAUUCAUAAUAUUAACAGUGAUUAGAGGAAGUUUAGGCUGUCGGUAACUAGCUGCUUGUGGACUGUGACUGAAAAAAGUGAAGGAGACAUAACAGACUCCAUGCUUUACACAAAAGAUAUCUCUUCCUUUUCUACAGGUAUACUGCCAAUUAAGUGUUGAGAAACAUAAGCUUCAGAUUUUUGAUUUGAUGCUGUCACAAAUUAUAGGCUCAGCCUUAGCCUCAAGUUUAUUUUAAAAGCCAACAGCUGUUAAUUUUAAACUCAAAAGCAAUUGCUGCUACUUUUAAGAGCUUUAAACAUUACAGCCCACUUUAAUGUUUGUAUUGUGCUAACAUUAUCUACUAUUCAAGUAAUGGAAAAUAAAUCUUAAAGAUGUGAGUUGGCUAAGUUGAGCUUGAUAGCAAUGGAAGUUCACUUAAAUCCUAUAAAUGAGGUUUUGACAUCUGAAUAAUAGACCUUCCCAAAAUGAAGUUAGAUUUCAAGUUGUCCCUUGUAGUGAAACUGUCGUUACUCCAAUUAGUUACAACUAUUUUAAUAACAAUGUGUUAUAAGCACUUUCAUUUAUACUCUUCUUUGGUUUUGAUAUUUUGCUAUGUUCAAAUGUGUCCUGCUCGGCAUGUUCAUGGGUCAAAAUUUAUAUUUUGUUUAAGCAUUCAAGAAUUUAGUAUGAUAUUAGAGCUAUGCUCUGCUAUUCUACUGCAACUUCUUAAAAAAAAAGUAUGCAUCAGGUGGUACCAUGUCCUUGUCACCAGAAGCUUAAUUUUGCCAGGGUGGCAUUUGGAGCACAGUUUGUUUUUGCUGACCCUAGGCUUGGGAUCAGGAAAAUUCAUAAGAUAAUACCACCAAAAUAGGAGGAAUGAAAAUUGUUUUUUGAAUUAUUAGUAUACAUAGUUUCAGGUGAACUAAAGGAAAUUGCAAAUUGCUGCAUCAUAUAAAUUACUUUGCAGUAUGGGCCCAGUAAUCAAACUAAAUCUUGUGAUUUAAGAAAUGCGAGUAUUGCUUGUACAUAAAGACUUAGUCGUCUUUUUGAGCUACCUCAUUAAAAAUCUACAUUGUGCAAAUCUGGGCAUCAAGAAACUUGGUCAGUUUAGGUGACUAAUGUAAAUGGCAUUGCAUGGCAAUUCAAACCAGAACUUUUUCAGUUACUAGUAUCUUACUUUUUUAAAAGUAUUGUUAGAAAUGCCAUUUGAAGGAUUAGUCUAGUUUUUAAACCACCCAGUUAUUGCACUAGACCAAGAAGACCCAAAGAUCCAUGUUUGUAUUAAGUUGCCUGGUCUCAAUUGGCACAGGGAGGGGAAACAACAAUUCCAUGAGCAUGAGGUAGGGAGAUAAAACAGCAAAAGUUUAUGCUUACUGUAUGUAUUUUUGUUAGUUAAAGAUAUGAUUGGGGGAGGGGGGCUGCUGAAGAGUUGCCAGUGCUUGUGGAAUCACAUCCCAUCAAGAUUGGGAGGAAAGAAAUAUUAGUUUGUUAGCUGAUGCAUUUAUUUUUCUUCUUUGCAUUUUAAAAUGUGUAGUUGCUCGCUUUAGGGUUGAGGAUAAUUAACUGGUUUGCAGCUCUAAACCCUGUGAUUUAUGAGAACUGUAUGUACAAUCAUACGCCAUUGUUUAUUGGAAUACAGAAUGGUCAGAUGGAAUGAGCAUUGGCCAUUUUGGUAAACUAUACACAUUAGAGAUUGACUCCUUGUCACAUUCUAAUUUGGACAGAAUCCUUCAGAACAAUUGCUCCAAGUUUAAAAUUAUAUUGCCGAAUGAUUGAUUUUAGGGUUUUCCAAGUAUUCUCUUUUAGCUUUUUUUAAGGGUAUCGCAAACAGCACCGAAGAAUUAUAAUUGAUUAAAUAUAGUUUUCAUAACACAUUUGAAAUAAAUAUACUUUUAUUGGAGAUAUUUUGCUUUUAUUAAAAGUCCUUUCCUGUUUUCAAAAUAUGAACCACUUAAUAUUUUAAUUGAUUUUAUAAAUUGGUUUCCUUUACAUUUGAUAAACUUGAGCAAAGCCAACAAUCUCUGCAAAUUAUCAAUUGUAUUGCAAGUAAUCUACAUUUUCAAAAAUCUGCUCAGAGUUUAGGUGCAUAAUUGUCUUGUAUAUGGUUUUUUUAAAAACAGUAAUUUGCACCAGUAGUUAGCAAUCUCUACUCCCCAAAGUCAGCACAGGAACAGCUUAUUUAUUUAUGUCUUUUUAUUUAAGUGACCUUAAUGCCCAGUGCAUUGGGAUCCUGAAUCUUGCACAUUGUUGACUUGCGCAUCAAUGGGAAUUGUUGAACAGAGACUGAUAGAGGUUAAAGCAUCAGAGUUCCUUUUACGGUUGGUACAUUAUAUCCCAUGCACUUAAGCUGUUUUAAAAUGGGCAUAAUUUUUACAAAGAAAAUGAUAAGGCAAUUUUAUAAUCCAUAUUUUUUGAAUGGAAUCAUGAAUAUCAGUCUUACAGAAUUAAGUUUACAAUUGAUAUUGUGAAUUAAAUACUAUUUACUUGCAAAUCACCUACAAUAUUAAAGGGGAUUAUUCUGGUCGGAGUAUCUGUUUAAAGGAAUAUUUUAUUGGGACAACUUAAAUAUUAAUUUGCACUUCCAGCUUUUUAUGAAUUUUUGAUAGUAAACCUAUGUAACAUUUGUUUCCCUAAAAUUUCUAACCUGCAAAAUACCAAUCUGCUAUGGGUCAAAAAUUCAGUUUGAAAUCAGCAGUCAAUUUGUUUUUGUCAGUAAAUUUGGUACCUACUGCCUGAAAUGCAAUAUUAAUUUAAUGACAUGAAGCAAAUAACACCAUUGUCAUUUAGACAAAUUGUAGCCUGAAUUACAUUGGCAAUAUGAGUUACAUUGCAAAUGGAAAACGUCCUCUUAAAGUUUGACUCACUGUGCUAGGCAGUCUAACUUGUUUUUUCUUGCUUCUUUAUAAUACUAUAUUGAAUGUUGUUACAAGACUCUGAAUAUACAUGAAUCCUAAUUUAUUUCUGUAUGAAAUCUAUUUUUAAUAUUGAGUUACAAGUGCUGUUUAAUGUACCUCACCAAUUAAAAUAAGUAAGAUUUUGCCAAAAAGUUGCAGUUAUUUUCUGUUACAACUUUACUGCACUUGUGCUUAUAAUGAUGGUUAUUAAACACUUAAAACAUUGGCAGUUAAUUGUAUUUCAGGGAUAGUAGAGAAGCAUCACUUCGGUUUCAGUUGACAUUAGAAGGUACCUAAAGACAAGAGCUAGAUGUGGAAGAUUUAAUAACAAAUGCAACACUUGAGUUACAAUCAUUGCAUUAGACUUUUGGCUUCAAAUUAUUUAGAUGCAAAAUUAGUUAUUUGGAAUGAUUAGUGUCCAGUCUUAUAAGUGGACUUGAAUAUAUUUGUAAAAGCCAAGUUUAACUCUUCUAAGAAUUAUUUUUUAAAAUUUUAAACUCCUGAGCAUUGACUACUACCAACUAAUGAGAACUAUAAAGAUUUUUUAAAACUAAGUACUAUAAUUCUGAAAUAAACCGUAAAAUGCUGGAAAUGCAAAAGUGGAUCAAAGACCAGCUGAUACUUUCACUAUAUGCUUUCUGUCAGGGUGGAAUCAAAGAAAGGGUUUAAAGUGGAAACAUAAGAUGGAAUUCUUAAGUCCCAGAGGAGGUGAGGUAGGAAGUGGAAAGCAUGUUUUAUUAAGCAAUAGGAAGAUGCAUAAAAUUCCCAAUAUUUUUCCACCUCCAACUGCAUUAAGUGCUGGGUGGGAAACCCCAUGGCUGACCUUCCCGUCUUGAUGUUAAUUGAGACCCUUGUGGACAAUUGAGGACCACUUAACAGCCUCUGCCUACCACAGCUGGGAUUAAAACAACAGCACAUAGCUUUCCAAAUAAGUGUCCUUCCCAGAGUGUAAAGUGCAAGCAGCUUGUUACUGUCACUGUUGGGAGGUUGUGUGGUUUAAAAAAAAGUUAAAAGCUCACAGUGCCUGAUUGAGGGAAGGGAAUUCCUACGAACCUCUCCCCAUGAUACCCCACACAAAUCCCCUUUCUUUGACCUUUCUUUGGGUUGCUGAUCUUUGGGCUGCAUUCUGAACAGCAGCCAUGGCUUUCUGGUUGGUGUGCAGAGUGAUUGGGUUGCCAGCAACUCCUGUCAGCAAAGACUUCUGCCCCCUGAGGGCCUUAUUCUGAGUAAAGACACACCAUUGUACUCUUAACUGCCUGAUGAGCAGAAGAGAAGGCGACCUUACACUUGAGAGAGGGUAUCACUUCUUCAGCCAACGUGUUGGAUUCAGUCAAACUCCCUGUGUAUGUGUGUUUUUCUCUCUCCCUCCAGAUUCUGUAUUGGCAGUGUUUUCUCAGAUUUCGUUUUUUAAAUCCAUUUCUUUAGGUAGGGUAUGUAUAAACUUUAGAUAUACUGUCAAGGUUGUGCAUAAUAAGUUGACAAAAGUCCACAUACAAUUGUAUAUUCCACUUUAAACAACAAAUUCAUAAAUACCCAGUUGUCCAUAAAAAUUACUUUUAGCCACAGUCCAAAGAUGUGCAGGUCAGGUGAAUUGACCAUGUUAAAUUGUCCAUAGUGUUAGGUAAUGGGUAAAUGUAGGGAUAUUGGUGGGUUGCGCUU